CGUGCGUAACGGGGUAGCCCUUUGACAGGCCCCUGGUUUCCGCGUUUUUUUUUUUUAAUUAUUUAUUUCCGUGUAAACUGCAGUCUUGAUAUAAAAACAUUGAUGGUUGAUAAUUUAGCCCGGCGUUGAGGGCCCCGGGGAGAACUAAAACAAGGACUCUAAACACGCGUAAAAGCUCGGUUUUUCUCCGACGACAUGGCUCGACCACGGCCGCGGGACUACAAGGCAGGAGAUUUGGUUUUCGCUAAAAUGAAGGGAUACCCGCACUGGCCGGCGAGGAUUGAUGAGCUUCCAGAAGGAGCUGUCAAGCCGCCUGCCAACAAGUAUCCCAUCUUCUUCUUUGGGACCCAUGAAACUGCAUUCCUGGGCCCGAAGGAUCUUCUGCCCUACAAGGAGUAUAAAGACAAGUUUGGCAAGUCCAACAAGAGGAAAGGCUUCAACGAGGGCCUGUGGGAGAUCGAGAACAACCCGGGAGUCAAGUUCACAGGCUAUCAGGCCAUCCAGCAACAGAGCUCGUCAGAAACAGAAGAGGGGGGAAACGCGGCCGACGGCAGCAGCGAGGGAGAGGAGGGAGACUCUGUAGAGGAGGAAGACGACAAGGAGAAGCUAAAGGGAGACAAGACCGGAUCCAAACGGAAAAAGACGGCCACAUCCAAGAAAUCAUCCAAGCUGUCGAGGAUCUCGUCCGGAGAGGAGGAUCUGGAGAAGGACGGGAAGGAUGACGACCAGAAGAGCGGCUCUGAGGGAGGAGACGGCGACAACGACAUCAUCCAAAACACCACCGACAACAAGAAUCAGCUGCUCAGAGAAGAACAUUAAGUGCAGAGGACACGUAAGGGGAAGUCAUUCUUUGUAGCUGUGAUGUCGGAAAGGUGAAAAACUACAACAUGAUUUCUCAUCAGCACCGUCUACUGGCCACCACUGCCACCUCCAUUCAUCUGCGGGACUCGUGUCUGUGUGUGAGGGAUGCACCGAUACUGACGCUGGUGUCGGACACCAGGUCCAUGUCAGGGUCACAGCUGGGCAUCAGAGAAUUUUCUCCAGCGCCAAAAUUUUAUUACCAAGGAGCAGCUUUAACACAUCAGAAAUCCAAACAAAAAAAAAAAAAAAACACUUGAUUUUCUGUCUUUGUCAUGUUGGAACGAUUGAAACCAUAAAUCACUUUUAUCCAGUUAACCCUGAACGCUUUAAAGAUCGGAGUAAGAGAAACUACAUGAUCUUUAAAACUUCCACCUGCUAACGCCAAAGUGUGCCGUGUUGUUGAUACCAAGAGAAUCACCGAGCAAAAUAUUCAAAGCUACAAUAAUCAAUUUCUGUUCACUAGGGGGCGCCAGGAGUCAGGGCACAAACAAGCAAAAUGAAGAGGCCAAGUCAGACUUGCCAUCCCUCCUGAUUUUCCCUCGAGACUCCUCAUGUUUUAACUGUGUUAGCUGGGAUCUUUUCCAUGCAGUUAGAAAAGGAGGA